AUGAAAGGUAAUAUACGGCAGAAUAUUUACGGCUUACAUUCUCAUAUUGCUACUUCCAAUUUACUUAUAUUUCUGUUCCUGCAAGCUCUUACUUCCAGACGACAAUUUCGGACAAAUCUAGUCAAACGAAUAUUUUCACUCUUCCUCAUCCAUCUAUCGUCAAUAUUUGCUCAAGAAAGCUUCUUCGUUCAGACGCAAAUACACGUUACGCAAUCAAUCUUUCGCAUAGCUUUAAAUAAUCUUUACCAGAAGAUAGUCGAAGGGACUUCUCCCGACUACGUUUUCCAUAAAAUGUAA